AUGCCAAUUAGGACCUAUCUAUAUCGCUUGGUAUAUGGAAAAGCUUUCCACUUCACUGUGGAAAUUGAGCAUCAAGCUUAUUGGAAAGUGAAGAAAUUAAAUUUUGAUAUGAAGGUUGCAUGUGAAAAGAGAUUGUUGAAACUGCAUGAACUUGAGGAGUUUUGUCUCCAUGCUUAUGAGAAUGCAAAAUUUUACAAAGAAAAGACUAUGAAAUGGCAUGACAAAUUGAGGUUGUUUCCGGGAAAGUUGAGGUCCAAAUGGUCUGGGCCGUUUAAAGUGACGAAUGAAGCUGAGUUGGGUCGUGCCACGAUGUUAACUAACGCACUGCGUGGGAGGCAACCCAAGAAUGCAAUGUAA